AAGAGUGGGUUAUAGUUGUUGUGAGGUUUGUUUAUUGCAUUUAUUUCCUAGGAAAAAAACGAAACAAAACUAAAUAAAAAAAACAAAAACAAAAACUCACCAACCCACGAAUCGUCUCGCGUCAUCGAGCAGGUGCGAGUGGAAAAUGGCCAACGACCGUCUACGAGCCCUGGAGGACGUGGAGAAGGAGAUCGCCGUUGUGCUGCAGUGUGCAGGGAACAUUGUACUGGAGUUGUCAAAGGAGAAGCAUAAUGCAAGUUUGUUAGAUCGUCAGUUGAACCAGUUUCAAACGUCCAUUAACAGAGUGGAGAGUGAGCUCAGCUCCCAGAUCCGUUAUCUCACACAGGUGGCAACAGGGCAGCCUCACGAAGGCUCAACGUACUCGGCACGAAAGGAUUGCCAGAUGGCCCUCAACCGUGCUGAAUAUGCCCGCAUCAAACUGGGAGAACUUGCACGCACCUGCGAGAUGAUGUUUGAUCCGCAGACGUGAUAGUUGUAAUUAACAUUAACAUUGUAGUGUCUAAAAAUGUUGCAUAAUGUUUUUAUAGACCAAUUUAUAAUCUGAUUAAUAAUAGUUCCAUGAGGAGUAAGAUUUGAGGGUAUUGUGUAAUACGGAAUUUCUCAUUUGCCAAAACCAUCCAGUAGGAAUGUCUUACCAUUUUCUCCUUUUUGACAUUCUUGAACUUUUGCAUGAUGCAGUUGUAAAAAAAACAAAACAAAAAAAAAACAAAAAAACCCCACAAACCCUUUUUUUAAAGUACCAGUUAUACCUUUGUUUACAGAAUUGAUGUCAAUACAGUACCAUUGUAAUGUUUGUCA